GCCGCCGCCGCCGUCGUCUUCAACCUCGCGAAAAUCCUCUUGUUUCUUAAAAGAAAAAAUAAAAGAAAAAAUCGCCGAGUCCUCCACAAUCAAUGUCGACUCCCUCUGGUAGCCUCUGCUGACGCGAACGAUGACGAUCUACAGCUCCCUGCGAUCCCUCCUCGCCAGAAGCCCUAGCAAAUCGAGGCCCUUCCUCACCGCCGCCGCCGCCGCCUCCUCCCCGGCCGCCUCCGCCUCCGCCGCCGCCGCCAACUCCUACGCGGUCCCGUCGCCGUUCACGCCGCUCUUCGUCAACCCCUUCCUCCACUCCAGCUUCCCCAACCGGUUCCUCUCCCCGCUCUCGAAAUGGAUGAUCGCGCGGCCCCGGGGCCCGCUCUUCCUGUCCCUGCCGCCGUGGAAGCUCUCGCAGUCCGCCACGCCGCUCUACCUCGGCGGCGGCGCCGUCCUGCGGCGGGUCGAGGCGUUGAAUUUGAGGCUCGAUUUGCUCCGGCGGCGGCGGGGGCUGGAAGCCGGGGCCGGGGCUGGGGUCGGAAUCGGGUCGGUGGCUUUGGAGCCGAAGUUGGGGGCGGAUCGGGGCGCUUGGGAGGGGAGGUCGAGUGAGGGUUUCGUAGAUGGUUUCGUGAAUUUGCCCAAUUUGAUCUCCAUAAGCCGGCUGAUUUCGGGUCCUUUCCUUGGAUGGAUGAUCGUGAAUGAAUGGUAUGCUACUGCAUUUGUGGGAUUGGCCAUCUCUGGAGCAACUGAUUGGCUAGAUGGGUAUGUGGCCAGGAAGAUGAAUAUAAAUUCAGUUGUGGGUUCCUAUCUUGACCCCCUUGCUGACAAGGUUCUAAUUGGUUGUGUUGCUCUGGCUAUGGUACAUAAUGAUCUUCUGCCGACUGAACUUGUUGGGCUGGUCGUGUUGCGAGAUGUCCUUCUUGUUGGUGGAGCAGUGUACAAAAGAGCUAGUGACUUAGGUUGGCAGUGGGCGAGUUGGUCUGAUUUCUUCAACCUCAAUGGGCCUCAUCCAGAAAAGAUUGAGCCUCUCUUCCUCAGCAAGGUAAAUACAGUUUUCCAGUUGGCUCUAGUUGCUGCCGCUCUCUUGCAACCUGAAUUUGGAACCGCAGAAACUCAAUCAUACAUUACAUACUUGAGCUGGUUAGUGGCGUGUACGACAAUCGCGUCCACCGCAGCAUACGGUGUGCAGCACAUGAGAAGAUCCACAUCCGUCCUAAGAAAACAUUAGGCUCAAUUCCUCUCCAUAUGACUUCAGAGACAGUGUACAUAACUCAAGAGUCGGCAAUUAUCUUUCGAAUAAGGGAAUUGCUGCCUCUAGUCAGGAUAUGAUUGCCGAAGAAAGACGAUAAACUGGUUAUAGCCAUGCAAAUCCUGGCACGCGAAGACAGCCGACCAAAAAGGCGGAAGUGCAAUUAUCAGACGAAUGGAUUCCCCUGCUCCUUCCAUGAGAUCAUCUUCUCGCGGGAUUCUUGGCUCGUGCAUGUUUAGCAUGUGUACAAAGCGGACUGAAUCAGGAAGAACAUUCAGAGACCAGAGCAUUUUGAUCUUGUGAACUUUUUCCAUCAGUGGCCUAAUUUCCAUGGCAAAGUACGUCUUCUGCACGUUUGUACGUGUCGAUAACGAUAUCAUGCUUCUUGUUCUCCAUUUGGCUUCUAACUGCUGUCAACGAAGAAUUCCGGCAGCAAGCAGUCGUUUGUGCUUUUAAAAUUCGCUCAUGGUAUAGAAGUUCAAAACGGCCAAGUAAUUC